AAGUCAUAACAAAGCAAAAUUUUGUCUUCAGUUUUGCACACAGCUGGUCGUUUCUCGCAAAGUCCCGCAAUGAGUGCUGCUCCAGCCAAGUUACAGGAUAUGCCACCGAAGGGUGGCUAUCAGAGCAUCCCCUUUGCCCGCAUCCCGGCCAAGAAAUACUUUAAAGGUUGGCAGUUAAUUGCGGCCUACGCCGGAGCAACCACAUUCGGAAUAUCGCUGUACUAUCUGAACUGUAAAGAGGUGCACCAGAAUGAAAUCGAAAUGCGUUCGGCCCGGAACGUGAUCUUUUCGCUGUUGGUCGCCGAACGGGAUCGUGAAUAUCUGAAGCAGCUACGCCGCAACCGGGAUGAGGAAGCCGAUCUGAUGAAGAACGUUAAAGGCUGGGAAGUUGGCACCUGGUACGGUGAACCGGUUUACAAAACUUUCCCCAAGGAUAAAUUUAUCGAUCCCAGCUUCCACGAGUUCUAUGUGCACAGUGCCUACAAAGAUACGGCUGAGCGUAAGAACGUUAAGCUGUUGACGUAGGCGGGCUUUGAUUCCCGACUAAUGGAAGCAUCGAAAAUAAAUAGAUUGGUUAAAAUGAA